CACCGGUCUCUGAGUGAGUUUUACACUUUUACUUUAUCCUUAGCAGCAUGUCGCCGUGGCAGUUGCAUGGCAAUCUUCGCCGCAUGUUCACGACAUCAUCGGCCUCUGCCUCUGCCUCUGCCAUCAUCACGUCUUUUCUAAGAGAUCUCUCCAAUGAGCGCGACCUCGACCGCCUCGUUCAUUCCUUCAAGCAAGCUUCCCAAUCGGAUCGUUUCCGAAGCAAACACCGUAUUUACGAGCGCACCGUUCGCCGCCUCGCUCUCGCUAAGCGCUUCCAAUCCAUCGAGGACAUCCUCGAACACCAGAAGACCUUCAAAGACAUCUCCAAGGAAGGCUUCUCCGCCCGCCUUAUCACCCUCUAUGGCAAAUCCGGCAUGGUGCAGAAUGCGCAUAAAGUGUUCGAUGAAAUGCCUCAAAGGAACUGUCCCCGUACCGUGCUCUCUCUUAAUGCCCUUUUGGCUUCUUAUUUGCAUUCCAACGUGUUUGACAUGGUACCUACCCUUUUCAACCACUUGCCUACACAGCUUUCCGUGGAGCCCAAUUUGGUGACUUACAAUACUGUGAUCAAGGCUUUUUGCGAAAUGGGUUCUUUUGAUUCUGCAAGUUCCAUGCUUGAUGACAUGGAACUUAAGGGUGUGAAGCCUGAUGUGAUAACCUUCAAUACCCUCCUGGAUGGAUUGUAUUCAAAUGAUCGUUUUGAGGAGGGUGAGAAAAUUUGGAAACGGAUGGAGGAUGAACAUGUUGCUCCUGAUGUUCAGAGCUACAAUGCUAAGUUAGUGGGAAUGUGUGUUGAGAAAAGAAGUGGCGAUGCUGUUAUAUGGUACCAGAAGAUGAGCAGUGAAGAGGGUGUGAAGCCUAAUUUGUUCAGCAUCAAUGCUCUGAUUAGAGGUUUUGUCAAUGAGGAUAAUUUGGAUGAAGCUAAGAAGUGGUACAGUGAAAUAGCAACCACUGAGUUUGCCCCUGAUAGGCACACUUUUAACAUCCUUCUUCCAUUCCUGUGUGACAAAGGUGAUUUGAAGGCUGCUUUUGAGGUGUCCAAGGAGAUCUUCAAUGGCAGGUGCUUUGUUGGUCCACCCAGAUCGCUGUUGCAGCUUGUGGUGGAUACACUGUUGAACAAUUCCAUGAUUUUAGAGGCAAAGGAGAUUGCCAAACUUGCUGAUACCAGUUCCAAGCCACGCUUCGAGCUAAAUUUACCACAGGAUUUGUAGAUUAGCAAUACUAUAUUUGGUCAUGUUAUUCAAAGGUUGCUUUCAUCGAGAGAAAUUUAUCGAAAGAUACCGACCA